AUGAAGGAAGAGGGGCCAGUGCGACGUAGGUUUUCUUCAUGUGCUGGGAUUUCAUCUGUGUUUUCCCCAAGAGCCGAUGGCCGAAAGCUUGUCCGGAAUGCUUCCUUUGGAGGAUAUAAUGAAUUCUCUCCUGCUUUACCAGGUUUUGACAAGGGGAAGGAGGAUGUGUCACAGAGUAAAGAGGAUGCAGCACAUUCUAUGUCAAAAAGCAAGUCUGAAUCCAAGCUUUUCAAUGGCUCUGAGAAGGACAUCUCUUUAUCUUCAAGCAAACUUACAAAAAAGGAAUCUCUCAAGGUUCAAAAGAAAAAUUACAGAGAAGAAAAGAAGAGAGCCACGAAAGAAUUACUUAGCACUAUCACAGACCCAUCAGUUAUUGUCAUGGCUGACUGGUUGAAGAUUCGUGGUACCUUAAAAAGCUGGACCAAACUGUGGUGUGUACUGAAACCAGGAGUGUUGCUUGUUUACAAAACUCCCAAAAAUGGCCAGUGGGUAGGAACAGUGCUCCUGAACGCUUGUGAACUCAUUGAGAGGCCUUCUAAAAAAGAUGGCUUUUGUUUCAAACUUUUUCAUCCUUUGGAGCAGUCCAACUGGCGAAAUACGGAAGGUCCCAAAGGUGAAGCAGUUGGUUCUAUAACUCAGCCAUUACCCAGCAGUUAUUUGAUCAUCCGAGCUGCUUCAGAAUCAGAUGGCAGGUGCUGGAUGGAUGCUUUGGAGCUGGCACUGAAAUGUUCAAGUCUGCUUAAACGUACAAUGAUUAGAGAAGGCAAGGAACAUGAUCUGAACUCUUCAGCAGACAGUACUCAUGUCUCUCUCUAUGGUCUGCUCCGUGCUAACAACUUGCACAGCGGAGAGAACCUGCCGUUAAAUGACAGUGAAAUUGAGAGGCAGCACUUUAAAGAUCAGGAUGUGUACUCUGACAAAUCUGAUAAGGAAAAUGACCACGAGGAAUCUGACAACGAUGGCUUGGGGAAAAGCGAAGACAGCGAUAGCGACACAUCAGAGCGACAGGAUGAUUCUUACAUCGACCCAGAGCCAAUGAAUAUCAAGGAAACCACCUACUUAGAACAGAGCCAUGAAGAACUUGGGGAGGCAGGGGAGGCUGCUCAGACAGAAGUAGUGUCAGAAGAAAACAAAAGCCUGAUCUGGACACUACUGAAGCAAGUCCGCCCAGGAAUGGACUUGUCCAAGGUUGUGCUACCUACAUUUAUCUUGGAACCUCGUUCUUUCCUGGACAAGUUGUCUGAUUACUACUACCAUGCAGACUUUCUGUCUGAGGCUGCUCUUGAAGAGAAUGCUUACAACCGCAUGAAAAAAGUGGUGAAGUGGUAUUUGUCAGGAUUCUACAAAAAGCCAAAGGGACUGAAAAAGCCGUACAACCCUAUCCUUGGUGAGACUUUCCGCUGCAUGUGGAUUCAUCCAAGGACCAACAGCAAGACAUUUUACAUUGCAGAACAGGUAUCUCAUCAUCCUCCAAUAUCUGCCUUCUAUGUUAGCAACCGCAAGGAUGGGUUUUGCCUUAGUGGUAGCAUUCUGGCCAAAUCAAAAUUCUAUGGGAAUUCAUUAUCUGCCAUACUGGAUGGAGAAGGACGGCUAACGUUCCUAAAUAGGGGAGAAGAUUAUGUGAUGACAAUGCCAUAUGCUCAUUGUAAAGGAAUUCUUUAUGGCACAAUGACCUUAGAGCUUGGGGGAACAGUCAACAUCACCUGUGAGAAAACUGGCUACAGUGCUACAAUCGAAUUCAAACUGAAGCCUUUUUUGGGUAACAAUGACAGCGUUAACCAAAUAUCAGGGAAAAUUAAGCUUGGCAAAGAAGUCCUGGCUAUUUUGGAGGGUCACUGGGACAGUGAAGUUACUAUUAGUGAGAAGAAGACAGAUGUUUCAGAGACCUUCUGGAACCCAACAUCUGAUAUCAAGCAGCGUAGAUUACCUAGAUACACAGUGAAGUUUGAAGAGCAAGAUGACUUUGAGUCAGAGAAGCUUUGGCAGCAAGUGACAAGAGCAAUAAAUAAUAAAGACCAAACAGAAGCUACUCAAGAGAAAUAUGUUCUGGAAGAGGCUCAGAGGAGGAGUGCCAAGGAGAGGAAGCUUAAGGGUGAAGAGUGGACGUGCAAACUGUUUGAUCAGGAUCCAGUCACAGGAGAGUGGCACUACAAAUAUGCUGAUACCAGACCAUGGGACCCUUUGAAUGACAUGAUCCAGUUUGAGAAAGAUGGCACCAUCCAAACAAAAGUUCGGCAUCGGACACCAAUGGUCAGUGUUCCAAAAAUCAAACGAAAGCCAGCCAGUCAGAAGAAAGGAGAGUGUGGUUUCUCAUCCCCAGAGCCUGACAACCAGGAUUCCUCUGGGAGUGAAGCACAACUUCUGAAGCAUAACACAAGAAUAAGGAAAAAAGGAGCAGACCUUGGUGAAUUACAGAGUGCCAUUGAAUCUAUAAAGGAAACACAAGAAGACAUUAAAAGGGACAUUAUGGCUCUACGGAAUAGAGUCACUUCUAAUUCACCCCCCACAGACUACCAUUUCUUGCAGUUCAAGCACUAUGUCUUCAUUUUACUUGUGGUUCUGCUACAGCUUAUCAUUAACUUCUUGUUCAAAUAA